GAGGGGUUUGUUUGAACUCCAGUCCUAAUCCAAUCCUGGGGAUAUUUCCAUAUGUUUGCCUUUCAACAGAAAAAGGCUAUGUGACGCAUCCUCACUUGCCGUCUGCCAUCCCUGACAGCCAGAUGGCAUGGGGAUAUUGAGCUCCAAGAGUUCCUCCUUGGCUUUCCUCCUAGGCCUCAUUUCUGGCUUUUUCAGCAUCUUCUACCUUGUGCAGAACCUGACGGAAGAAUCCCUGCGCCUUGGCAUCCAGAUGCCACAUGGCUCCAAGGAUCUUGAAAGGAUGAUUGCUAAAUCAGCUCUUGUCAGUUCAGCAUACCCACACUGGGCAGGCAAGGAAAGCAGUGUGGCAAAUGAGCUGUAUGACAAGGUGCGGAUUCUGUGCUGGGUGAUGACCGCCCCCCAAAACUUGGAGAAGAAGGCCUGCCACGUCAAGGCCACUUGGUCCCGUCAUUGCAACAUGGCCAUUUUCAUGAGUUCAGUGGAGGACAAAAACUUCCCCACUGUGGGACUGGGUACCAAGGAAGGCCGGGACCAGCUCUACUGGAAAACUAUCCGGGCUUUCCAUUAUGUCCACAAGCAUCACUUUGAGCAGGCCGACUGGUUCCUGAAGGCUGACGAUGAUACCUUUGUGGUGCUUGACAACCUCCGGUGGCUGCUCUCCAACUACACCCCCGACAGGCCCAUCUAUUUUGGGAAGCGCUUCCGGGUCUUUGGCAAGCAAGGCUACAUGAGUGGGGGCGCGGGCUAUGUCCUGAGCAAGGAGGCCCUGCGGCGCUUCAUUGCCGGCUUUGACACCAAGGUCUGCAGCCACACGUCUUCAGUGGAGGACCUGGCUCUGGGCCAGUGCAUGGAGAAGAUGGGCGUGGAGGCUGGGGACUCCCGGGACACAAGGAAGAGGGAGACCUUCCACCCUUUUGUGCUUGAGCAGCAGCUGAUGAGGAAGGUCUCAAAAAACUCCUGGUACUGGAACUAUUGCUAUUAUCCUAUUGUGGAGGGACCUCAGUGCUGCUCUGACCUGGCCAUUUCUUUCCACUACGUGAACUCAGACUUGAUGUACACCCUGGAAUACCUCACCUACCAUCUGCGUGCCUAUGGUUACCGCUACCGCUAUCGUCCACCUUUGCCUGAGAAUGCUGCUCACCUCCAGCCCCACCCACCCUCAGGGGAAGACCCUAGGAGGAGCAGCAACACCACCGUGCAGGCUAAGAUGUAAGGACGGAGGCUUGGCGUGCAAUUUUAGAGCAAACCAAUCCAGCUGUUGGUGGUGAGGCUUGUUGACGCCUCAGUCCUGCUGGCCCGUGUGGUCUUUAGCACGUUUUAAAGUAAGGUGCCCUCAUCCUAGAAAGGACUGGAAUGAAUAUGCUCUGAGCUCAGAUGAGUUUCUCAUCCCCAAACCUCUGUAUGUACACAUGCACACUAGCCAAGUGAGAGAAGCCUUUUUUUUUGUUCCUAUCAGGCCAUGUGGAGAAAGCAGAAUGUGGCCAAGCAUGAGGGUACUUUGCCCCAUUCCUUCUUUGCUCUUGUUUCUGAUGCAAACCAGACAGUCCUGUGGCCUUGCACAUGAUGUGAGCCGGGUGAAAAAGCUGAGAGUUUGGCUUUAGAAUGUGCUUUUUAGGUGAUGGGGCAGGAUUCUCUGGUCGUGGAGUGAUGGGGAAGAAAGCUGUAAGGGUGCUUAGUAGGAACAUCUUGGAGGGUGGAAUAGUUUUAUGUCUCCCCUGUCCAAAUACGAUGGUAGAGUGAGCAAGGGGUAUCAUACAAUAGCCAGUGUUUGGCUAUUGGAAAAAGGUGAGAAUCCUGUCUGGACACUGGGUGACAGAAAAGUUCUAGAAAUAGGGCAUUAACACUACUGUGUCCCAGGAACGCGGCAUCAGCAGUUUCAGCCCACCAAAGGCUCCAUCUUAUUAUUAUACAGUCCACGGAUGGGUCCCUUCAUGGUCCAAAGGGCAUUACAGUGACAAGGAUUAGUUUUGUUUAAAGGAAGAUAAUUGAGAGAAAGUGAGGAAGGAACUGGCAAGCCGCUUCUGAAAAAUGCGGCCAAGAAGACUUCAGGGGGCAGUUGCCAGGAGUCAAAACUGACUUGAAGGGUCAAAUUUUUUACUCCAUCACUGCUGACCACCAAACAGCUGAUCGGCGUGCAGGCACAGUCACCCAGCUCCAUCCCCCCAGCUAGCCUCAUGUCUUCGGCCCCCUUAUUGCCUGCACUGGGCAACUGCCCCCAGGCACGCCACUGAAGUGAGUCCAACCUAACUCUGCAUGAAUCGGUAUCCAUGUGAAUGAAGAUUCUGCUGUGUGGUUCUCACAAAGGGAGAGACUGUUUAUACCAAAACAGAUAGUUCUGGAGACAUGAGGACAAACAGAUGCCAGGCCUUAUGAGAAUAUUACUCAUCCCUGAUACUGUGCUCAAUCUGCAAAGUUAAGGUUCUUUUCAGUUUUCUAACUGGGAAACAUUUGAUGCUUCCAUCAAAUGAUAGUUUGCAGUGCUACUUUUGAUAAAUUGAUCUGUGUUGUGGAAAAUGUAUGCAUACUUUCAGAAGUCUUUGUCAGACAGAAUGGAAAGUACCCACACUUCCAACUACAUCCAAAACAAGGACUAGCCCAAAAGAAUCUUCAGAGAAAUGUAACAACUAUUAUCGCUAGCCAUAAUCUCCUAUAAGGAGAGAAGACAAAGAUGGUAUUGACCAGUCCUUCCUGUGAUGGGCUGGAAAGACCCAUAUAGACGUAUGGAGACUCAGAUCUGUCCAGCAUCUGAGUCUCUUCAGGAAGUAGGUUAAAGCCUGAAGUUGGAGCAGGCAGCUAAUGAAGCCAUCCCCCCCACCCACAAAUUGCCAAAGAUGGGGCUAUGAGUUUUGAAUUCAUCAUGAUAAACUGAGGUGGUGGCCAGAGUGUUAAUGCUUAAUACAGUGUGAAAAUUUCUCAGGACUGAUGGAUUGUUCUUCUAAUCCUUUUUAAAGUUUUCUGGCCAUUAGUUGGGUUCUACUUAGAAUGGUGUGGUGGUGGAUUAAAGAUAUAUUGUUCUAUUGUUUUGAAUAAGGCUGUGUUUCUUCUUUGUAUUUGUUACAAAUUAUGGGUUGGAAUUAAACUUAGCCAUACUUGCAUAUUGAAAUAAAUGGAGACAGUCAUAUGUAACUAAAAUCCAGUUUAUUUCAGAGGGUCAACACUAAAUUUGAAUCUAACCUUCGGAGUGCAAUCUUGAGAAAAAAAUUAACUGUUUGAAACAUAUGAAGAACACUUCACUGUGUUUCCAGUAAUCUAAUAGAUCUCAGUAAUAAAAGCAAAACCAGGAACUGCC